CCGGGGAGGAGAGGGAGGGGGGGCUUGCUCAGCCAAAAUGUAUUUUAUUUUACGUUUUCUUAAGCGUGCCAGCUUGUCAAUAUGAUCCCUGGACCGGAUUCUGUGCGGUAGAAGUCGUUAAAUGAGGGGAUGUCUGAGGAGGCUGUCCGCCAGACACGCAGCCAGAAGAGGGCGCUGGAGAGGGAGGCUCCCCAGUCUAUGGAAACCUCUGAUGUUGAAAAUGAAAACAAAAAGCCUAAAUUGGACCCAUCUGAACCUACGGCAGAGGCACAAACCAAACCAAAACCUGACCCUGUACUGGCACAGGAUGAUCAGAGCCGGAUUAGCGCCGGAUCAGAGCACGAGAAGGAACAGGAGCAGAGCCGGGUGCCGUUAUCUUUAGUGUUACCUUUGGCCUCGCAGCCGGUGAAGGAUGAGCAGGAGAUGACAGUUGAACCCAGCUCAGACAAUCGGACUGAGUGCAACGAUAAGGCCAGCAAGGUGAAGACGGAGCAAGCUAUGGAUACAAGGAGCCGGGCCCGACUGACAGAGCCAAAGGCGUCCGGUGGCAUGCUGGCUGCAGGCGAGGUGAAGGCCACCAUUAAAGUGGAAGUUCAGACAGGAGAGCAGCCUGUGGACAUGAGCACAUCCAGAGGCAGUAUAAAAAGGGAGAAGCGCCCUCCGUCCCCUGAAGAUGAUGAUGUGAUCAUCUUGUCAGAUAAUGAUUCCCCAAGUCCACCCAUGAAUGGCCUGAGCCACUUUAAGGAGCUGGACACGGACCUGCUUAUGCAGAGCAGCCCAGCGGAAAGGGAGCGCAUCAUUAAGCAGCUGAAGGAGGAGCUGAGACUGGAGGAGGCCAAGCUGGUUCUGCUGAAGAAACUCCGACAGAGCCAGAUACAGAGGGACACCCUCCAGAAGCCCUCAGCUCUGUCUGGCUCCUCUGCUCCUCCUCCUCUAAUUCGGGGAACAAUUGCAAGCAAUAAAGGCUCUCAGCAGAUUUUGACAGGCAGGAGUUCAGGCACAGUCAUCCCUCCACCACUGGUGAGAGGAGGGCAGCAGGUGUCAUCCAAACAUGGCUCCCAGAUCAUCAUGCCGCCUCUGGUCAGAGGGGCACAGCCCAUCUCCGUAUCUCCACAGCAGAUCCAGGCUCUCCGCCAGCAGCAGCAGCAGCAAUUGGCGGCCUCUGGAGGCACAGGCUCAGGACCCCCUCCUCUGCUGUUGGGCCCCAGGACCUCAGCCCCCACAGCCCAGGGCCAGAGAGGCAUGGUUCAGCCAGGCCUCAUCAGAGUCGGCAGUAGUGCUAACAUGCUGGCCUCACCAUCUAGUUUGAAGGGCUCCUCCUCAGGAAGCAGCGGUGUGUCUGUGGUUAACAUGAAUGACUCUCCAGCCAGUCGCCAAGCUGCAGCUAAACUUGCCCUGCGAAAACAACUGGAGAAGACCCUUCUGGAGAUCCCCCCACCCAAACCACCUGCUCCAGAAUUCAACUUCCUGCCCUCGGCAGCCAAUAAUGAGUUCAUCUACCUGGUGGGACUGGAAGAAGUGGUACAGAAUCUGCUGGAUACCAUCCAAAGAGGAAAGACAGGGGUAUCACUGUCAAAGCCCACUGUCAGAGACCCUUUCAUCUGCACUCAGUGCAACACUGACUUCACCUGCCGCUGGAGGCAAGACAAGACUAAAGGUGGAGCAGUGCUCUGUGAAGACUGCAUGUCAUCCAAUCAGAAAAAGGCUCUGAAAGCUGAGCAUACCAGUAGGCUGAAAGCUGCGUUUGUCAAAGCACUGCAACAAGAGCAGGAAAUAGAGCAGCGAAUCAUUCAGCAGGCGUCCUCACCAGUCUCCCACAGUAGCUCCUCAUCCUCUUUAUCUGCCUCUUCAUCGAUGAAGGCAGAACAGCUGGUGUCUCAGCAGCUGAAGCAGGCUCAGGCCAGAGCGUCCUCCCUCCACCACCACCAGGCCAGCCGAGGAGGCAACAUCAUUCACCACCACUCCAUCAAGCAGGGCCAGCUGUCCCAUGGUGUCUCAUCAGUGGGGGUGAGGGGUGUCCCCCAUUCCUUCUCCUCCUCCUCCCAGCUGCAGAGUGCAGUGGCGGCCGCAGCUUUGGUCAGCCGGCCAGGUAAGCACGCCCAUGUUUCUCACCGCUCUGUCCAGAGUUCAAAGGUGAGCAGCAGUGGAAUCGGCGGCGGCAGGAAUAUCAGCGGAGGUAGUGCCUCAUCCACUGCAUGGAAGAAGCAGAGCAACAGCAACACAGGAGUGACUAUGGCCUAUGUGAACCCCAGCCUGACAGGUCAUAAGACGCCAGCCGCCGUGGAUGCCCGUCAGAGGGAGUACCUGCUGGACAUGAUCCCCUCUCGCUCAUCGAUCUCGCAGACUGCAAACACAUGGAAAUAAAUUAAAUACUCUUCUAUUCACCAUUAGUUUUUGUCAAAGUUCCUCAGCUCCAAUAAUAAAGUCAACAGCACCCCCUGGAGGACUGUUAAGCAAAUACAAUCUCUCAAAGUAAAAAAAAAAAAAACGUUCCUUCCUUACCUAUCUAUGAUUGUUAUUUUAGUUUUCUUAUUUUCUGUUGUUUAUUUUGAGGUUCACUGUUCUUUUGGUAAUUGUGCAGAAACAAUUUUGAUUUGAUUGAAGCAAAGAAAAAGACAAACAAACAAAUACUUGAAGGGCUUCCCCCCUGGGUACUUUUGUCCUCCAGACUGGGUGGAUAAAUAAUGGUGCAGUAAGAGGUUAUGUCAGCAGUGAGUACUUUGAUAAAAAUGAGUGCUCUGUUCUGGGCUUGUAAGCCCUUUCUGCCAUGAUGUGGGUCAAACUGACCCAACCUUUUGACACUUGAAUGGUUAUAGUCAUACAUUUGUCAUACAUACAAUACAUUUAUCAUAAGGAAAAACAAAAUAACUGAGUUGUAAAAUUUUCAGUACAUCACCCCUGUAGUUAAAGGUUUGAAUUUUUGAAUAUUUUGUAUUUACAGUAAGUUAUUUUGUUUUUUUGUUUUUUUUGACUGAUGUUAAAAAUCACUCAGUUUAUUGUGGUUUCCACAAAUGAAGAGUUUAUUCUAGCUUUGUAUUUUUUUUUCCUGUUUAACAGCAUGCCUACCCUUAACCCCUCUGUUCAUUUUGCACCUUAGCUGAAGAAGCAUGGUGUCAUUGCUUAAGUCAUCUGUAAUUACCAUUUGUAAUUUGCUUAUUUUAUAUUAAUGUCAACAUUGUAAGAUUAUUUUGAGUGUUAUGUCAUCGCUGAGAUAAUGCAAACUCUGAAGGAGCUGAAUUUGCCACACUGGAGCCAGAGAUCUUGCCUCCGAUUUAUACAACCAUAAUCCAUGCAAUAUCCGGCAUAUACAUAGCCCUGAAUCAGUUGUUAAAGGGAACAUCUCCCAGUUACCAAGACCCUGGAAUACCAUUUUUAUCUUGUACCUCUCACCAUAUUACAUAAUUUCUCUGCUUCCUGAUUUUAAUUGCAUUGUACAAACUUAUGUUAAAAUUUAUUUGGUUUACUUUUUUCUUAGCU